GUGUUAGUACCCGCAGCCGUUUUGGCUCAAGGGCCCGCCAGGCAGGGCUUGACUCCGCCUUUGUUUCCGCGGAUGGCGGUGAUCGACCUGCUGGAAGACGAGGCACCUCAGAACCGCUGCGAGGAGGGCCGAUGCGAGGAUGUGACCUUCGUAGUGGAGGGCGCCGAGGUCCGCGCCUCCCGGUUGCGGCUGUCGUCGAAGAGCAGCUACUUCAGGGCGCUCCUGGGCGCCCCCUUCUUGGAGGGGGGCCUCUCGGACAAGAUCGUGAUCCGGGACGUCACCAAGGAGGCUUUCGAGCUCUGCCUGCUCUUCCUGGCCUCCGGCUCCAUCAGCGCCGUGACCGAGGGAAACGCCGCAGCCGUGUGGCGAGCGGCCGACAUGUACGACAUGCCCGCGCUGUCCAGCGCGUGCCGCCGCACUUUGAUCAACUCUGUCAACGACGCGACCCUCUUCGCCACAUUGUCCGCGGCUGACGCCCUGGGCCCCCUCGGCUCGGAGGUGUCGGAGCACUGCUUGAGCUACCUGAGGUCGCGCGCCUCGACCAUCCUGCGGGCCGACCCGGGAGACAGCAUCAGGGACCUCAGCGCCGCCUCCGUCUUCGCGGUGUGCGCGGCCCUCGGGCAGCACGUGGCGCUGUCGCGGCAGCCGGGCUCGCUGAUGAGCCAGUGGCUGGGUCCGUUGCUGGACUGGGGCGCGGCCCGCUGGGGAACCUACACCUUCGAGAGCCUGUACACCAAGGCCAACGCCCUGGACUUCGCGGAGCUCUCGGGCUUCGCCCCCGCGGCCUCGCUGUCCUGGUGCGCGGAGGUGGCCGCCGCCGCGCUCUCCAGGAACACCGCGCUGUACAGCCCGAGUGCCAGCGUCGGUGGCUUCUCCUUCGGGUUGAGGCUAGACACCAUGCCCCAGGCGAGCAGCGAGAGCAUCGGGCUCUAUGUUUGCCCGAAGACCAGGGCCGACGUCCCUGAGUGGUGGCAGUUCCACGCCGCCUUCAAGGUGACGGCGCGGCCGUCCGAUUUGGACCCCAGCGGCGCCUGCACGUGGACGUGCAACGCGCUGUUCGGCCACCACGACAGCAGCCUGGCCUGGGGGGUGGGCCGCCACGGGCUGCUGCCGCACGCCCGGGCCUUCCCCGCCGGGAGCGGCAAGCUGCACGUCAGAGGUCAAUUGGCCCUGAACUCGCUCCUGAGCUUCCUGAACGCCCACACGUUCCUGCACGCGAGCACGCUGCUGGCCAACAGGUGUCCCUUCAUGGCGACGGGCCACGUGGAGGACCUCCUGUCGCUGGACUCGCUGCCAGUCGCCUCCGAGGACACCGUCCUCUCCGAGCUGCUCGCCGCGCGCGGCACCAGCGGCGACGCUGCCGCCGCGCGGCGCGCCGACCGGCUGCUGCGGUGGGGUCCGCCCGCAGUACCUGUCGCCCGACGCGCUGCUCGCCGCCUGCGACGAGCCCGCCCGGUCGAGCCCCGCGCUGAAGGCCAUGCUGCUGUGGCUGCUCGGCGAGGGCCGGCUCUCGCCGGUGGACCGCCCGCGCGAGGGGCGCCCCAGGAGCAUCAGUACAAGUGGCAGAACCAGACGGGCGUGUCGGGCUGGCGGACCCACGGGCAGGUACGACAUCGUUUCGGACUGCCGCCCCUGCAUCAGGGUAAGGCUCGUUGAGAGGCUGCUGGAGCCCGCGGCGCUGUGCGAACAGUGCGCGGCGCGCAGGAAGCGCCCGCGCCCCGCCAGCAGUGGCGCGGGCGCAAGACCGCCACCCGGGGACGCGGCGGCGGAAAGAAGUCCACAGCGCGCCG